CGGCGGCAGCUGUGGCUCUGGGCGCUGCGUUACUUCCUCGUCGUGGCCGUCGUCUUCGUCGCGCUGCUGGUGCCCAUCCUGGUGACGGAGAAGGACGGCAACGUGGACCUGAGCGACGCGGCGGCCGUCAAAAGCAAGAGGAAAUCGCAGCUCAUCUACUAUGUCUUCUCGUGGCUGCUGGUGUCGUGGGUCAGCUUCGUCUUCUUCGACCUGGUCGGGCUCGCGCUGCCGUACAUGUUUCGGUUCAUAGCGAGAUAUGUGAACCCAGCGCACCAAAAGUAUUGGAGGUUCCUGCGCACUAUGAGGCUGCCUAUCUGCUUGACGUUUGGCAUCGUUAUAUGCUUCGUGUCAUUCACGUUUUUGAUCACCUUCAACCACGAGCUUGCCAUCAAGGCCAACAAGGGCCCCGACGACUUUGGCUGGGACGAUGUGAUUUCCGACAUCCUCGAGCAGGUCAGCCUCUGGGCGGGCUUCUACAUGGUGGAGAAGAUGAUGAUACUGUAUAUCUCGAUACAUUAUCACUAUCGUGGAAACAACACCAAGAUCCUCAAGUCAAAGGACAUGAUGAACGCCCUCAUCACGCUCUACGAUGCCUCGCUCUACCUCCACCCGGCGCACUCGGGCGCCUUCGACGACGAGGACGCCGUGAUCCGCGACGCGCACGGCGGGCGCGAGCACACGACGCGGCGGCGGCACGCGACCACGUACCUGUCGCGGCUCGGGGUGGACUCGUACGGCAUGGCGUCCUUCUUCGGCAACUUCGUGUCGUCGACGGACCCGCGGUCGCACUGGUUCCGCCCGUCGUCGUCGUACGCGGCCGUGGAGCGGUGCCUGUCGUCUCCGCGGGCCGCCGCGGCGCUGGCCAGGCGCAUCUGGGUGCCGCUCGCGUCGGGCGGGGCCGAGGUGCUGACGGCGGCCGACGUGGCCGAGGUGCUGGGUCCUUACCGCAAGGACGAGGCCGCGGCGGCGUUUGCGGUGCUGGACCCGGACGGCGCGGGCGACGUGCGGCUCGACGAGAUGGUCAUGGCCGUGGUCGAGGCCGGCAAGAUGCGCCACGACGUGUACAGGGGGAUGCACGCGGCCGACCACUGCAUCAACACGUUUGACUGGGUGUGCCUGACGAUGCUGGCGUUUAUCAUGAUCUUUUUCAUUAUGCUCAUCUACGUCCCCUCCAUCAAGCAGAUCCAGCAGCAGGUCUCGGUGCUGGCGGUCGGGCUGGGGUUCGCGGCGGGGCGGGCGGCGCACCACUUCCUGAUCGGGGUUGUGUACGUCUUCUUCGACCACCCGUUCGACGUGGGCGACCGGGUCGAGGUGUACAACCUGUCGUCGACGACGGCGACGGCGUGCGUGGUCAAGCGCGUGUCGCUGCUGUACACGGUCUUCCGGCGCGUCGACACGGGGUCCGACAUGCAGAUCCAGAACCAGCAGCUGGUCAUGAAGCGCGUCGAGAACAUCACGCGGUCCGGGGCGAACCGGCAGUGGCUGUCCAUGUUUGUCGACUUUACGACCUCGUUCCAGGACCUGGCCGCGCUGCGGCGCGAGCUGGCGGCCUUUGUGGCGGCGCCCGAGAACCGGCGCGACUACAUGCCCGACGUGACGUGCGGGCUCGUGGGCGUGCACGAGCUCAACAAGCUCGAGCUGCGCUGCAGCGUCGCGCACCGCAGCAACUGGGCCAACGAGCGGCUGCGGGCCGCGCGCUCAAACAAGUUCUACUGCGCCCUGCUCGCCGCCGUGCGCAAGAUCCAGCUGAGCCAGCCGGCCGGGCCGGGCGCCAUGGGCCGGCCCGUCUACACGGCGCACAUUGGCGAGGAGGCCGCGGCCAGGAUGGCGGCCACCUAUGCCGAGAGGCGCAAGGGGUUGAGGGUGGGCAAGCCGCCGGCCGCCGAGGACGAGGGCGACCGGGAGGGUGUAGAUAAGGGUGCUGCGGCGGCGACGGAGGCGGCGGACCCGUCGGCAGACCCGUCGGCGGUGCGGGAGGACCGCGAGCGCCGGGACAGGGAAAAGGAGGAGAUGGCCAAGGCGGUCGAGGCAGAGCGCGUGGCGCUGGCUACGCUGCAGAGGGUGCCGGUGGUGGAGAAGGAGACAUUGGUGGCGGCCAGUUCGGCUAUCGAGAUUAACGAGUUCAUUGGCGUGUCGACGACGGGGACGAGGAAGACGGGGACGAGGAAGACGGGGACGAGGAAGACGGGGCGCGGGUGUUGAGUUUCCGGGCAUGGUGAUGGUCUGACCAAUAUGAGGCUACCAGCCUGGGGCAGGGGGUAGACUACCUGCCGAUACCUAAUUGGAAAUC